AUGCCACAGUUAUUGGGAAACAUUAAUGGAAUCAUUGAAGCCUUUGGACGCUAUGCCAGGACCGAGGAUGGCUGUGCAGUGCUCACCCGGGGAGAACUCAAAAAGCUUUUGGAGCAAGAAUUCGCUGAUGUCAUUGUGAAACCCCAUGAUCCAGCCACAGUGGAUGAAGUCCUGCGUCUGUUGGAUGAGGAUGACACAGGGACUGUGGACUUCAAAGAAUAUCUAGUCUUGGUGUUCAAAGUCGCCCAGGCCUGCUUCAAGACACUGGAGGAGAGUUCUGGGGGAGCCUGUGGAUCACAGCCAUCUGGAACUCACCCUCCAGGGACCUUACAAAAUAAAGAAAGACAGCAAAGUAAAUCUGGGGGAGGAGGAGCUAUACAAGGCCAACAGCAUGAAGGGAGCCGACAUGGACAGAGGGAGAAGGCUUCCAAAGGGCAAAGUACAAUUGAGACUCAAAGCCAGGACCAGGGUAGCAGUUCUCCUCAGGACAAUGCCAAUGAUAGGCAGUUCAAAGCCCAGAAUCAGCCAGUGGGAGGAGACAAGAGCCAUAAGAGCAAAGAGAGACAGCCACAGGCUACAGAAAAGGAUGGAGCCCAACAGACAGACAAGAGUGUGACUGGAUAUGGAACUCAGGUGCAGGCAGAUGCAGCCCACAACAUGCAACAGGGUGGAGACCGACUGACAGGAAGCACUAGUACUCAGUCUCAGCAACCGAGCUCUGGUCAGAACAGAGUGACUGAGAGGCACAGUCAAGGGAGGAGCCAGACAAGCCAGGUGGUGACAGGAGGGCAAGUUCAGACACAGACUGGGUCUCAUGUCCAAACACAAACACAAACCUUGAUACAAAGCAGUCACCAUCAAACAGGAAGUUUCCAGCCUCAGCAGUCUACCUGUGAUCAGAACAGAGGGACUGAGAACCAUGGUCCAGACGCGAGCCAACCAAGCCAAGUAACAACAGGCCUCCAGACAGGUACACAACCCCACAGUCAUGUUCAGACCACAGAACAGAACAGACACCAUCAAACUGGAAGUACUGGCAACCUGUCUCAGCAAUCCACCCAUGGUCACAACCAUGAGACUCAUGGUCAAGAUAGGAACCAGGCAAGUCAAACUGUGACAAGACAAGUUCAGACACAGACUAGGUCUCACACUCAGACACAUACCCACACCACACAACAGAAGGGGCACCAUCAGACGAAAAAUACUGGCAACCUCUCUCAGAAAUCCACCCAUGGCCAGAGUAGUGGAACUGGCACUUAUGGUCAAGAUAGGAAUCAGACAAGUCAAGUAGUGACCGGAGGAAAAGUUCAUACACAAACCAGGCCACACACACAUACUACGGAACAAGACAAGAACCUGACAUCAGGCCAAGAGAGGCCUAGAGAACAGGGACAGACUCAGAAGCAGUCAGGCAGUGGACAACAAUGGACAGAAAUAAGCAAUCAGGAAGCAGGACAGAGAGUGCAGGAGGGCCAGCCUCAAACUGGGACCAGCAGCCAGGAAGAGAGUAGUAGUACUCAUCUUGAGCAUAGAGAAACUAGAGGACAGGGAACAAAUGAAUCUACAGUGGUUCAUAGGGAAUGGGUUGAUGAUCAUACAAGGGAGACGGAGCAGCCAACGGAAGGAGAGAAUGAAUCCACAGUGGCUCAUGGGGAGUGGGUUGAUGAAAAUGAUAGCCAUACAAGGGAGAUGGAGAUGGCAAGGCAAGGAGAGAAUGAGUCCACAGUCACUCGCGGGGAAUGGGUGGAUGACAACGAAGACCACACAACGGAGAUGGAGGUGCCAAGGCAAGGAGGAAAUGAACACACAGUGGAUCAUGGGGAGUGCACUGAUGUCCACAGAAGGGAAACAGGAGUCCUAAAUCAGGGUCAGGGCAGUCUGCACACCAAAGUUCCUUCAUCAGUGGGUCAAGAGGCAUCCCAACAGAAAGUAAAGGGAGGCAUCAGUGGGCUGUAUUCCUACUUUAAGAGUACUAAACCAUGA